UGGUCACGUCACUCCGGGAAAGCUUUGAGAGUCUGCGAGAAAAUAAUCGAGAGAGAGAGAAGAGGUACACAAAUGAAUGAUACUGAGGAGACACGCAGCAUCGGCUUGAAAUGGCAGCGAGUAGUGUGGACGAAAUGGGGAGAACGUCGGAGAAGCAGUGCUGGAAUGCGAUCAAUAUGGGCGACCGUUCUGAAGAUAUGGAGCGGGAGGAUGACUGUCAAGGAUCUGAAUGGUCUGUAGUGGAAAUACAUAGGAAGAAGAGAGAUCACGAUACUGAAAUCAGUGGUGCGUCUAGUGUAGAAAGCUAAAAGAGGGUUAAGGUAGGAAGCAAGAAUAAUCAUGUGUCGGAGUUGAAAGUUGUGAUGGUGUUUGAUGAGACCAUAGGGCCUCAUUUACACCUUAUCCGACUAACUGAUGUCAUAGAGAAAGAGAACACUGGUGUCCCGAUAGCUAUGUCCACAGAUGAUAUUAAAGAAAAUGUGAAGGGAGGCAGAGUGAUUGGGGCCAAAAGUUUGAUCAGUAGGAAAGAGGCACAAAGAAGUGAAAGCUUAUCAGUGAUGCGAGGUUUGAGAAUGUUUUGCUGGGAAAAGUACAGAUAUUGAAUCUAUGGAAUCCUGUUAGAGAAUUUGUUCUGUAUACACUGUGGUGUUUUAAAUGUCCGAAGAAUGGGACUUGUAGCUGCUGAGUGUAAAGGAAAAAAAAUAUGUGCCAAGUGUGGAGGGGAACAUGAUUACAGUGAAUGUGGAAGCAAUGUGAAGGUUAAGUGCUGUAAUUGUGAGGGAGAACACAGUGCAGCAUUUGGUGGAUUCCAGGUGCAUAGAGGGGCUUAGAGAAAUAGGACCAGUCAUGAUGUAUCAUAUUUUGAGACUGUAAGACGAUUUGAUUUGAUACAGACUGGAUUUGAAGCAGGGUGUCUGUAGCGAUGCCCCAAGCACUGAUAUGCAGUGCCUUUGACCACUGUGCCACUCAGGAGAGGUGAAUUCCAGCUUUCCAACGGUGCAGAUUUAUUUAGGCUCCCCAGUGCUGGUGGAAAUUUCCAUAAAGACGUAAGUAGGAAUUUAUUUGGUUUAGAUUUUUAUUUUCACGGUAGUACCGAAUUUUGCAUAACAUGAUUGAUCGUACAUUCCAAUACAGUAGUUGGCGGCAUGCACUUUAAACGUUUGUUUGCGGACCGCCAUGAGAUCAAAGAAGAAGAAGAAGAAGAAGAAGAAGAAGCGCGCGAGAGAAACUUGAGCGCGGACUGACGUUAGUGUUGUCAGCAACACAGAAGUGGAGUACCCAGCCCUCCAACAAAAUACAGUUUCAUGGACGUGGAUUAAAGACAAACACAGAUUUGCUCAUGGUAUAUAGUUCGCGAAUCUAUGCACGACGUGGUUGACAAAAUAUACAAUUGUAUUUUAGCUGUAAAACAAAGAUAAAUGUCCUGGUGGUUGCGCGGAGAGGAUAGGGAGGAGGCUAUGUAUCAGGACACCGACUCUGAUGUGGCUGAACAGAGAGACGGUGGAAAGGUCAAAGUGAAAUGGACACAAGAGGAGGAUGACAAUCUGAAAGCAUUGGUCCAAAACCUGGGACCAAAUGACUGGAAACACAUAGCCAGUUUUUUACUGAAUCGCUCAGAACACCAGUGCCAGCACCGCUGGUUGAAGGUUCUGGAUCCAGAUCUGGUUAAAGGGCCUUGGACCAAAGAGGAGGACGAGAAGGUGAUACAACUGGUGAAACGGUAUGGCAACAAGCAAUGGGCCAUAGUGGCUAAGCACCUGAAGGGCCGUGUGGGGAAACAGUGCAGGGAACGCUGGCACAACCACCUCAACCCGGAUGUGAAGAAGUCCUCCUGGACAAAAGAGGAAGACCUCGUUAUCUACAAGGCCCACUGCAUGCUGGGAAACCGCUGGGCUGAGAUUGCCAAGCUGCUCCCCGGAAGGACAGAUAAUGCUGUGAAGAACCGCUGGAACUCAACCAUCAAGCGUAGGGUUGAGAUGGGCUUCUUUAGUGGGGUGGAUCCUACUCUGAAGCAUCAUCAGGUGGAAGCAGAGGAGGGCAUGGCCCACCACAGUAAAGAUCAGCAGAUGGACUAUGAUGGUUCUAUGGAGAGGGAUUCAGACCAAGACACUACACUGCUGGAGAAUACCAUUACAUCCACUGUGAGAGACGGACCAAGGGAAGCAGGCUCCCACAAGGCUGUCUCUCCUCAACAGUCAAAGACACCCAAAAGUGAGCCAGACACCCCAGGACGUGAACUGAAUACCAAUAGCUGGGUGGUGGACAGCUCAGGCUUUCUCUCUCCCAACGGCCCAGGCUUAAAGGAGGUGAUGGAUAUGGUGGAUGGGGACCUAGAUGGAUGGUGCAACAUGUCUGUCUUUGAUCUGCCUGAGGAGAGCCAGAGCCCAGAGCGGACCCAGUUCCGUCUGGAGGGCAGCGCCCUGCAGGAGCUGAGCAAGGGCAACCGGGGAGAGCUGAUCCCCAUCUCCCCUGGAGGAAUCACCCCACCCUCCAUACUGACCCGCCGCAGCCGCCGUCGCAUCGCUCUAUCUCCUGACUCCAACUAUUCCAGGACCCCAAAGAGCACCCCGGUCAAGAUCCUGCCCUUCUCUCCCUCACAGUUCCUCAACAUGUGGACCAAACAGGACAGCUUUGAACUGGAGAAUCCAUCCCUCACCUCUACCCCAGUCUGUAGUCAGAAGUCCACGGGUACCACACCACUACACCGCGACAAGACUCCACUCACACAGAAGGAAAACUCUGUGUUUGCGUCCAAGCUGUACUCAAACUCAGUGUUCAUCACACCCAACCACAAGUCAAAUCUUGACACCACCCCGCGGACUCCAACUCCAUUCAAAAAUGCCAUGGAGAAGUAUGGUCCUCUGCGGCCCCUGCCUCAGACUCCGAAUGAGGAGGACUUGAAAGAGGUCCUCUUGAAAGAGACUGGGAUUGAGCUGAUCGUGAUGGAUGAGAGUCCACUUGAGCAAAGACGCAAGCAGGUGCAUCGACCUACAAUGAAGAAAGUGCGUAAAUCUCUGGCCUUGGAUGUCAUGGACUGCAAAGAGACGGUCACCUCCAGGCAUCAGUCCAUUAAGUUUGGGCCCCAACCCUGUCCUAAGGCUGAGACGUCUCUCAACUCCUCAUCCUUUUGCAUGAAGAGGGAAUAUAAAGAGGAUAAUGUUCUGGAUCAGGGCUUCUGUUUAGGACCCAGGGAGAGUUGUGCAUAUUCCAACCCAGUGCCACCAACACCAAUGUCCCAGGCAUGGGAAGCAGUGGUAUGUGGACGGACUAAGGACCAACUUAUAAUGACAGAGAAAGCAAGAUGUUACCUCCGCUCACUAAAAUCCCACGCUCCCAACCGGGCCCUCAUCCUGUCCUGAGCCCUCCCUCACUACCAAGUUCUCACAUGCUAUCAGAGUUGGGGAAAUUCCUAUUUGUGUCUGGGAAGUUUCACUUAAACAACCCUCUAUGCCAGCAGCAUGCCACCCUGCAUCCCACUGCUGGCUUGUAUCUGAAGCUAAGUAGGGUUGGUCCCUGGAUGGGAGACCAGAUGCUGCUGGAAGUGGUGUUGGAUGGCCAGUAGGAGGCACCCUUUCCCAAUGCCCCAGGGCAGUGACUGGGGACGUUGCCCUGUGUAGGGUGCCGUCUUUCGGAUGGGACGUUAAACGGGUAUCCUGACUCUCGUGUCACAAAAGAUCCCAUGGCACUUAUCGUAAGAGUAGGGGUGUCCUGGCUAAAUUCCCAAUCUGGUCUUCAUACCAUCAUCCCCAGUUUACAAUUGACUCAUUCAUCCCCUCCACUGCAACAAUUCCCCAGGUUGUUGCUGUAAAUGAGAAUGUGUUCUCAGUCAAUUUACCUGGUAGAAUAAGGGUUAAAUAAAUAGUUGGAUUACAAGUGAGAAAAUGUUGUUGCAGAGUUUUGACGUUUCACCAGUGCCCUUUUACCUUUUCAAACAAAAGAUGACGUCAGUUUUUGACAACUACAACCUUAUCAAUAUGGAGAAUUUAGCUAGUUUGACGAUAUUGUCAAUGCUAAGCAAGCUAGCUGUUUAUUAUUAGCAACAUAGCUAGUUUAUCAAGAUUUGGUUGAAGAAUUGUUCUGACCAAAAAGUACAUGAUUGAAACAAAUUUGUAUUCCCGUCAUCACAACUAAGAAAUAGGAAGUUCUGACAAGCACGUGAAUGUGGCAUAACUCUGCUGUGCAGACAUUUUCAUUGUGUUAAACAUGUUUAAUGUAACUAUUCCAAAGAUUAUUGUGUUGGUAUUCUUUCAUAGCAAGGUUAUGUUUGUUAUAGGUUUCAAAAAGUUUUAGAAAAAAUGUUGAUGCCGUGCUAUGUUGAGCAAGCUCAACUGAACUGAAGUAGAGGAUACUUGUAAAUAUGGGAUUUUUUUUAUUGUAGGGCAACUUUAUGUUAUUUCAAGUUUUUCCCAAAUGUAAUGUUUGAAUCUACACACACCAUUUCCUAGUAAGUUUUACCACAGUCCAUCAACAAUUGAAUAAUUCACACUUGCAUCACGUUUGUCAUACUCAAAAGUAAUGUGAAGGUCUAUCAUAAUGUUUUCAACUUGAUAUCUCAAGUAUAGACAUCUGCACUGACAGCUAUCAGUAUUGAGUUUCGGUUGUAACUGUCUCAUGCAUUUGAUUACCUGAUCAAUCAAUAAUGGAUUGAAACAAGUUGACACAAGUGAACAGAGUUGUUGAGGUGUUGCUGAAAUGUUAGUUUCCUAUGAUCUAUUUUUACAUUAUGUAGUCUACUAGCCAAUCGAAGGUUUAUUGUAGGCUACUAUUUUAUUAGGAAUAUAAGAAUGUGAUAUGAAUAUGAAUCACUGUAGAAGAAUCAUCAUACACUCAGGUUGCCAUAUUCCCAUGUCCAAAGUUGUAUAGAUUUGAUAAGAUUAUGGUGCUUUGAAUUACAGAAUGUUUCUGCUGAAAACAGAUAAUUUUCUGCUUGCAGAUAACAAGAUGUAUGAGUAAAUCAUCUGACUAAUGUAAAAAAAAUAUAUAAUACAUUUUUAUGAACAAUUUGUAAAAUUGUCUGUGCAUUUAAACAAUGUGUGAUUGAACAAAUAAUAAAUCUAUGAUGCCAUUUUAGAA